UGGUGGCUGUCCCCCGUCCAAAGCCCCUCCACACUCAGAGUCCACUCUUCCUUUUCUCCCUCCUUGGUCCUGGACAGAAAUUGUCAUCCUCUGAUAAUAAUGGAGUCCUGUGAGCAGAGCAUCCCUGUACCCGGGGGUCCUGAGGUGUCGCCCACAGAGGGAGGAGGGCACUUGGACCUGACCGAGGACCUAGGCCAGCAGCUGGAGGACAUCAUUAGCACCUACCAGAGCAUAGAGACGAGUCCCGCUGAGACAGAGGACGCAGAGGAGGUCACAGCCGUCAGAGAGGCAGACGCCCGCAAGGACCAGAAACUGGAGAAGAAGAUGCUCAAAAACCUAGGGAAGGAGGCCAUGCAGCUGAUGCAAAGUUUGAACAAACUGUCGAGUCCAGAGGCGAAACUUGAAGCCAUCAUCAAGAAGCAUGCUGAGCUGUUGGAGGAGCAUCGAAGCGAUCAGAAGCAGCUGAAGGUUCUGCAGAAGAAGUUGCUCCAGGUGAUGAAGGAGAAGGACCAGCUGCAGAGCGAACACAGCCGGGCGGUUCUUGCUCGUAGUAAACUGGAGGGGCUGUGCCGAGAGCUGCAGAGGCACAACAAGACCUUAAAGGAGGAGACUCUGCAGAGGUGCAGAGAGGACGACCUAAAGAGGAAGGAGAUCACUACCCAUUUUCAGGGCACGCUCAGUGAGAUCCAGGCCCAGAUCGAAGAGCACAGUAGCCGCAACACCAAGCUGUGUCAGGAGAACAGCGCCCUGGCCGAGAAACUCAAAGGCCUCAUUUCACAAUAUGACCAGCGAGAGGCGAACCUGGAAAAGGUCUUCAAACACAGAGACCUGAAAGAACAGCUGCUGGAAACCAAACUCCAACAGGCCAACAUGAUGCUGAAGGAGGCAGAGGAGAGGCACAAGCUGCAGAAGGAACACCUGCUGAAACAGGCCGCUGAGAGCAAAGUACAAGUGAAGACCAUGAAGGAACAAGAGACUGAUAUGAAGGCCCAGCUCGAUCUGUAUUCCAAGAAGUUUGAUGAGUUCCAGGGCACUGUAUCAAAGAGUAACAGCGUCUACAGCAACUUCAAACAGGACAUGGACAAAAUGGCAAAGAAGAUGAAAAAGCUGGAGAAGGAGUGUCAGUCAUGGAAGACUCGCUUUGAUGGCUGCAACAAGAGUCUCAUUGACAUGGUGGCAGAUAAAGCACUGAAGGAAAAGGAAUUUGAGCUUGUCACCAUCAAGAACCAGAAGCUUGAGAACCUGUGCAGGGCUUUGCAGGAGGAGAGGAAGGGUCUUUAUGACAAGUUACAGAAAGGCGACACCCACCCAGACCAGGAGGAGGCUGAGGUGCAGGAGACCCCCACAGAGGCCCCCACACAGGCCACCUCCACUCCCUCCACUGCUGCUGCAGCUGCUCCCACCCCUGCCGUGGAAACUCCACUGACCAGGGAACUGGCCAAACUGAAGGCUGAGCAGGCCCGUCUCAAAGAGAUCGCCUCUUCUUUCACGAUCUCUCAUGUGAUGCCGAAAGACACGGAAACGAGCCAAUCACAGGGACUGUCCACCACCGACGCCCAGGAAGCAGAGGAGAUCAAUGGGAAGACGAACGGUGAGGACAUCCUAUCAGUACAGGACGGAGUCCAACAACAGAGAGACCUGGAAAUGGAGGCUGUCGAUUAGGGCCGAAACUACUGUGGAAAAUAAACCUGGUUUCUAUGUGUUUCAUUUGAAUAAAAUUAACA